AACUCUCUGGCAGUCGCCUCAAUCCAUUUACAGCUGGCUGGUACGCCUAACCCCUCUGCGUUGCAAUCUGUUGAUAACUCGACUUGCAAGCUGCAGUUUAUUGUCUUUCGAAAUGGGAAACUCUUUCCUUGCACAGGGAAUUCGUCAAAUCUUGCAGAUGAUGGAAAACGUAGGAGCGUUUCGACACCAGUUGCUUUCACCAAAUUAGGUAAGAGGAAAUGCAUGCAUUUUAUCAUCAUGGCUCUGAUGUCAACGCUGUCUACAACUAUGAUCUGACUGUCGACAAACACAGGGACACGCGCAUGCAUACAAAAUGGAAAAAGUGCGCAGCUUGUAGAGAUUUUAUCCAUAUUUCAUAUUUUUUGUUAAACACAACUAUAUCUACAUGUUUGUAAGUUAAACGCAUAGCUUAAUUCACACCACAUUUUAAUGAUUUUUAUAUGCAUGUAAUUUCCGUUACCAUCCCUUUGAUGAUUUCUGUGCCAGAUGUUUAAUACCUUUUAAACUUUUAACAUAAACAUGUAAAUGAAAGAUAAAUAAAUAAAAAAAUGAAAGAAAGCAGAAUGAAUCAUAAUUGAUGGAUGUCUGACAACAGUAACAUUACUGUGAGUGUGUGUUUGUGUGUGUAUGAGUGUGUUUGUGUUUUCGUUUGUGUCCAUGCGUCUUGGAUGUUGCACUUAAAAGACUUUCCACUUGGUUUCCCUAAUUUAAUGUUUUGCUUUCUUGCAGAUAGGUGCACCCUCGGGAGCGCGGUGCACUCGGUUACCAUCGCUCUCAGGCACUUCGCGCUCGGUGUAGACCCAACCGCAGCCUAUUGGGAUUUUGACCUGCUAGAUGGGCACGGUGGCUGGCGGGCAGAGGGGUGCCACAUAACAGACUCCGUGGGCAGCACGACCACAAUUCAUUGCACUCAUCACAAUAACUUUGCGGUGCUAAUG